ACGGAGGCGGCCGGAGGCCGGGAGCCGCAGUCGCUGUAGCCGGGCCCCGCGCUCCGCCCCGGCCCGGAGCCGGCAGCCCCGCGCCCAGCCAUGGCCCUGGUCACCCUGCAGCGCUCGCCGACCCCCAGCGCCGCCUCCUCGGCCAGCGCCAGCGAGCUGGAGGUUGGCAGUGAUGAAGAUCGCAAAUUAAACCUGAGCUUAAGUGAGAGCUUUUUCAUGGUGAAAGGAGCAGCGCUUUUCUUACAACAGGGAAACAGUCCACAAGGCCAGCGGAGUCUGCAGCAUCCUCACAAGAAUGCAGGUGACUUGCCCCAGCACCUUCAAGUGAUGAUCAACCUUCUGCGCUGUGAGGACAGAAUCAAAUUGGCUGUGCGCUUGGAAAGCAUGUGGACAGAUCGAGUCAGAUACAUGGUGGUCGUGUAUAGCAGUGGGCGGCAAGACACAGAAGAAAACAUUUUACUGGGAGUGGACUUUUCUAGCAAAGAAAGUAAAAGCUGCACUAUCGGGAUGGUCCUGCGCCUGUGGAGUGAUACCAAGAUACAUCUUGAUGGAGAUGGUGGAUUUAGUGUGAGCACUGCAGGGAAGAUGCAUAUCUUCAAACCAGUUUCUGUGCAAGCUAUGUGGUCUGCCCUGCAGAUCCUCCACAAAGCUUGUGAGGUCGCACGGAGGUACAAUUACUUCCCAGGUGGAAUGGCUCUGGUCUGGGCCACGUACUAUGAAAGCUGCAUCAGUUCGGACCAGAGUUGCAUCAAUGAGUGGAACACGAUGCAGGACCUGGAGUCGACACGCCCCGAUUCCCCAGCGUUGUUUGUUGACAAGCCAACUGAGGGGGAAAGAACAGAGCGGUUCAUUAAAGCCAAACUCCGAAGUAUCAUGAUGAGCAAAGACCUGGAAAAUGUGACCUCCAAGGAAAUACGAAAUGAGCUGGAGAAGCAGAUGAAUUGCAACUUGAAAGAAUUCAAGGAAUUUAUAGACAAUGAAAUGCUGCUUAUCCUGGGGCAGAUGGACAAACCAUCUCUGAUUUUUGAUCAUCUGUAUCUGGGGUCUGAGUGGAAUGCCUCCAACCUGGAAGAGCUUCAAGGCUCGGGCGUCUACUACAUUUUAAAUGUCACCAGGGAGAUUGAUAAUUUUUUCCCUGGUCUAUUUGCGUAUCAUAAUAUCCGGGUGUACGACGAGGAGACGACAGACCUCCUGGCUCACUGGAAUGAGGCAUAUCAUUUCAUAAAUAAAGCCAAGAAAAAUCACUCUAAGUGUCUGGUACACUGCAAAAUGGGUGUUAGCCGGUCUGCCUCUACGGUUAUAGCUUAUGCAAUGAAGGAAUUUGGCUGGUCCUUGGAAAAAGCCUAUAAUUACGUGAAGCAAAAACGCAGCAUUGCAAGACCAAAUGCAGGCUUCAUGAAACAGCUGCUGGAGUAUGAAGGGAUUUUAGAUGCAAGCAAACAGCGUCAUAACAAGCUGUGGAAGCAGCAAGCAGAGAGCAACCUAUCCCAGAAUGCAGAUGAUUCUACGGGGCCCAGUGACUUCCUGCUCGAUAGCUUAGACAUUGAUCUAGAAAACCGCCUCUCUGACCUGGACGCGCCUUCACAGUCCACGUACUUGGACAACAGAGCCAAUAUGGAGGCCGGGGGGUUUCACUACUGCUUCCGGCGCCUGUCCGACUCGCUGCUGGAGAACAAGCUGCCUGGUGACAGGGAAAUAUUUUUCCAGGUGGAGGAUCUAGAGCGAGACGUGCUUUCGGAGCAGGCCAAUUUGCUGGUGGAUCAGCCUCCCCCAAUCCCUCCUGAGGCUGCGGCAGACACAAUGAAGGCCAAGGAGAAAGUAGAACCACUGGCAGAGCUGAGAAGUUUCUGCGAGAAGGAAGUGAAGAAGUUGGAGUCCAGCAUGCCAAAGGGGAGGAGUGUGCACAGUCAGGUGGAUCCGGGAAAGGAAAGCAUCAGGGAGGAAAAUCCCGUGGAGAGGUGGAAGCGGCGCUUGUCUGUACACAAGGAGGAGAACUUACUGAACAGAGAGAACUUGAAUAACAACAACAGCAAGAGGAGCUGCCCAGAGGAGUUCGAGCGCGAUGCCAUAUUUGGAAUCCUCAGUAAAGUCAAGCCUUCCUACCAGUCAUGCACUGACUGCAUGUAUUCCUCAGCCAGUGCCUCCGCUGAAGCCUCUAGGGAGCAGUGUGAGACGCUGAAUCCAGCUGCCGCUUGCUGCAGUUCUACAAUCUGUACUCAGCCUUCGCUCCUCUCCCAUGUGACUUCGAACUUGUCGGACCAAAUGCCUAGCAAGUUGCAGGCUGAGGAAAUAAUCAGGGCUAAAAAUGAUGUUUUGCCUCCAUUGCUGCAGGGAACUAGUGUUUUGGAAGGUGGCACCUGCAAAUCUGUGGCGGAUCAGCAUUGCAAUAUUUCUGAAAAGCCAAAAGAUGCACCAAAAACACCUGUCAAAGCACUGCUUGUCAGGAGAAAUUCCCACUGUGAGAAAAGCCCUCUGAAUACAGAAGUGAUGAAGGAAGAGCCUCCAUCCAGAAAAGAUGUCAAACCCACGAAGGACCUGAAGUACUUGCUGUUUAGUAAAGAUUUGGAAAAGCCAACCACAAACAGUUAUUUGAUGCAGCAUCAAGAAUCUCUUAUUCAGCUUCAAAAAGCUGGCUUAGUUAGGAAGCAUACCAAAGAACUGGAGCGUCUGAAGAGUGUGCCGUCAGAAUCCUCAUCACUGGUAAGAGAGAGCUCCGUGAGCAGAAUUGAUGCUAGUAUACCAGAGGAAAACCAAGAUUUGGCUUUGCACCAAGACCCAGUAUCUCUUCUGGGCCCAGCACCUUUAAUAUCUGAAGACACAGAGAAUGAUGUGGAGAAGUUAGAGGCCAAAAACCCCUUACAGGGACUGUCUCAGAAAACCUCCACGCCUGUCCUGUGCAGGCUGGAACACAUGAGCAGUUACACAAAGGACUUUCUGAAGACCAUAUGUUAUACGCCGUCAUCUUCCAGGAGUUCCAACUUGACGCGCAGUUCUAGUAGCGACAGCAUACACAGUGUGCAUGGGAAACCUGGCCUGGUGAAACAACGAACUCAGGAAAUCGAAACCAGGCUACGACUUGCUGGUUUGACUGUUUCUUCCCCUCUGAAGAGAUCCAAUUCUCUUGCCAAGCUAGGGUGUCUUAACUUGUCCUCCGAGGACUUAUCGAGUGACAUGGAUGUGUCAACACUAAUGAACUCAAAAGAGGCCAAAUCGAGUGAGUCUUCCAUGCUUUGCGAGUCACAAUCCCCUCUGAGGAGCGUGGACGUAAGCUCCAAACUGCUAGCAAAUUCAGCCACAGGAAACUUGAAGAGCACACUUUGGAAGGGCAAAAGCUGACACGUUCUGGUGUAUGUUUUUUUUUUUUUUUAAAUCAGCAUUUAUUGCCUGAACCCAAUAGUUCAUCUGAUACAACGUCUUUACCCCCUUCCUUGUGCAGUAAGUGGGGAGAAAGAGGGACAUAACUGACAUGGGUGAAUGGCACAAUGAAAAAAAAACAUUGCAUGGCUUGGAAGAGUACAUAGUGUGUGAACUGCCUACUGUUCCUAUAGGACAAUAUUCCCAGUACUGUUUGCCAAGUAUAGUAAUGUUACAAUACAUAUAAUGUAAAAAAAUGCUGAAAAUAUUGUUUCAAAAGUCUCAACAAAAGUCAUGGCAUUUUUUAAUUUUUUUAUUUCACAAAACGAACAUAGCACAAGUCUCUAGUUUAAACAUCCACUUGUGGAAAAACCUGUAGAUGGCAACAUAAACUCUACCUCUGUUCUUGAUGAUUUCUGUGUUGAUUUUUUGUAAGGUUUAUUCCAGGAUAUUUAAAGUUUUUGGAAAGCAUUCCUACAACAUCAACUGUAAAGACCUGAAAGAGUGUUGAGGUGUAGGCUUUACUGUACUGAGUAACUCUAACUAUGAAGUGAAGUGAAAAAGUGUGGAGAUGUUUUUUUAUUGACUACGUGAUCUGCUGACCUGAUAGUUCCUCUUUCCUGUAUAAUCAGGGUUAGCUGUCAUAGUGUCUUGUGUUAAUAACAAAAUGACGUCUAGGCUGUGUGUUUUGAAGGCUUCUGUAAAAGUGGAGAGAUGUCUUGUUCUUCAGGUAUUGUUGCUCUUGUUGUGGUUUUAUAGUUAUCCCAGUAAUAAUGACAAGCCUGGCCAGUAGGUGACCAUGAACCAUUGUGAAAUGUGUGUGAUGCUGGAGUCAGUGGUGUAGCACUUGUGUUUUGGAAGCCCUGCUUUAUCAGACUGUUGAUGGCAUGCAUUGCAGAUGAGAAGGCGACUGACCUCUCUCCUGCUACAGAGGGCAGACGGUUGGCUUUAUUGUCAUUCUGUACAUUUGAAACCUGGGAAGAUGAUAAGUUAGUUUAUUUUUGGUAGAACAUUUCUCGCAUCCUGGAGUUUGCAGCAGAAAUGCAAAGCAGCAGCAGGUUAUCUCAGGAAGGUAUCUGGUUGUCCCUGAGCUCUGAAGCUGUUUACAAGUCCCCACAUUGAGUAACAUCCAAAGGGUUUAUUAUUUCAUCAUCCGGAAGCAGUGGGGGAGGAUGAGUAUUCCUGCUCUUGUUUGUUUAUAGUACAUAUUGUCUGGGAUGCACAGGUUAAUUUCAGUGAUGGUCUCCUCCUGAUGACAAUAGAAGUGCACAUUCUGCUCUCGGAUGAACAUGUGGUGCUCCUCUGGGCUUCACUGAUCUUACACACCCAUCCAAGGGCAGAGUUUGAGGCCAGUGCAAGGAGGAGGCAGUAGUUUUACUAGCCUAGCCUAAAUGGAAUAUUGCACUAUCUCAGAAAGGAAGGAAAAGUGGAGAGCUAGAUUAGUUUUCACAGUGUUAAACAACCAUUAAGUCUUCUACAUGGUACUGCUAGCUAGAUUUCUGAUACAGUAAGGCAUUUAGGGCUCAGUCCUAUAGCCUCUGAAGUCAGUGGCUUCAGUUGUGCAGGAUUACCUCCUGGAACAGAGCCCUUGGCUGUAGGCCGUUCUUUUUUUCAUCAGCUGUUUUGUACUAGUUUCUGUCAGAGGUUUAUGGCCAAUUCAGAAACACUCCGUUUCCACUAGUUCUCAUUCAGGCAAGUGGGAGUCUGUUGCGGAAAAUCUUGGGCACAGACCUCAGGAUUCAGCCCUUGAUGAUAAAACAGAAUUCAAGUAAAAAUGGGGUUGAUCAAAAUGAGUGAAUGAGAUGAUAAGAAAUCUGCUUGAGCCACUUCCCGAGACAGGCCGGUUGGACACACAGAUAACCCAGUUUAGCUCUAAAAUGCUGUCCCUCAACAAAGGGGCAGUGACAUGGCAUUCACAGCAUCAUGGGUAACCAGCCCCAUAUUCAUUUGUGGGUCACUGUCUUCACACCCAGUGACCAUUUAGUACAGAACAAUUUCAGAUAAAUAUUGUAGUACCAUUGCCCUCCCGCCCCUGCCAGGUGCAACAUGCGUCAAAGGAGGCCCUUUGCCUCUGGGGUGUGUAACAUAUUGUGGUAGAAUGCAUUGCCAGCCUGCUAGAAGAAGCACGUUUAAAAAAACCUCCAAAACUCUGGGAGAUACCUUUUUGCCAAAUGAAGGAUAUAAUUUUCAAAAGUGCCUCAGUCACUGAGGAGUCUGAGUUCCAUUGCGUAUCAGUUGGAUUUAGACUUAAGUGACUUAAGCACUUUUGAAAAUGGAACUUAGGCUCCUGAAUUUUCAAAAAUGCCUGAAUUCCAUGUGUUAGACUAACUUUGGUGUCACGGUGAAAUUUAAAGCUUAGUGACGACAAAUGAUGGAUUUGUUGCGCUCCGUGGUUUUAACAACCAGGUCCAUGUGAGUCUGACCUGUUUUUUAAACAUCUACGUUUGCAGAGCUGUUGUUGGAUAAAGCCUUUCAGAUGGGGAUGGAAAGUGAAGAGUGCAACUUUGAACAGCAAAUCCUACAACCUGCCAUUUAAAAUGUUUGCCUACCCAUUUGGGAAAUGUCCCUUGGUUUCCACCAUUUAGAAUACCCGGGAUUCCUUUUUUUUUUUUUUUAAAGUAACUCCCCCAAUUUUGUACUAAAAGCAGGAGAAAUAUGGGCUGGGAAGCAGUAGAUAAAUAUUCUUCCUUAAAGGGGUCAAAAAUGUAUAUACAUCUUGAGCAUAUGGCAAAUUUGCCAUUUCAUGUGUGAGAGAAGCAAAAGCUUCUCAAGCAAGGCAGACAAUGGCAAUAUCUCGGAGGACGUGAAACAUUUUGUAAUCCACGUUUUCUAGUGUCGGGAAACCGAUGUCAUUGCUAGAGUUGGACCUUCCCUUAGCUGCAAUGUUUGUGUUAUUGUCUGGCUAUAAACCUUCAGAAGUGGAUUUAGCAUGGACACUUCUUUUGAUGCUGUGAUUGUCGUUGGUUCUUGGUGUGGUUCUUUUCACUGAACCCACCCUUUGGUGCGUCUUGGAAAUCAAUACUGACUAGAUCACUUCAAUACACUGUGAAUUCACUGACACAUGCCCCCCUUCCCUCCCCAGUUGUGACAUUUCAGUUUAGCUGUAUCUGGGGUGUGGUGGUAUAUCUAAAAUAUUAAUGUUGUUAUGAUGUGCCUAAUGUCAAAGCAUCAUGGGUGCGUUUCCAGGUCCAUAUCUACUGUAGUGUAUUCCAAAUAUUUUUAUUACUUGUCUUUUAGUUGUUCUUACUUAGGUUUUAUUUGUAAAAGAUGGAUUGGGGAGGAGGGGUGGUAGUGAGCAUGGGUAAAGCCAUUGCACUGCGUGUUUGAUUCCUGCAUGGCGGGAUAGGGUUUCUUCAGAGCCUAUUAGCCCAUGCUGAAAUUAUCAGCGAAGAUAUUUUUGAAAGCUGUUAAUCUGUUCACCAGCUCCAUCCAAACCACAACAUUGUGCUCAAGGCUUGAGUGCAGCACAACAGCUAGUAUAAAGUCACAGUGGUCACAGCCAGUUGCACAGUUGUUCAGAUUCUCCCUGUCUGCAAAUCUGUGCACCUGUUCACACUGACAGGGAGAGGCCCUUUCCCAUCUGACACAGUUGGACAAAGGCUGCCCUUAUUUACAUCCAUACUAUUCCAUUGAAGCUGGAGCUGCAAGGCAGAAUUUGACCUAGUUAUUUUAUUUAAUUUCUAUUUUCCCAUGGAUUUUUGCUAGCCCUCUUUAUCCAGACAACCCUAAAGGAUCCCUAAUAGUGUUACUGUAGGAUAAAGCAGAUAGUUAACCCCUCAUGGCUAGGGGACUGCAUAGUGUUAUUAAGUAAGAUCUUGUGCUUCUCCUGUGGAGAGCUGGUCACUUAGGUCCAAAUUUUGCAUGCAAAAAGAAGAGAGAAUGGUAAUAUUUGUAAUUCUCCCAGUUGUGUGUGCAGAUCACGCAUGUGUGCAUACAACACAUGGGCUAGGUUAGAUGAAGAUUGUUGAAAGUGCUGAUCUCUUGUCUAACUGCUCCCACUGAAGUCAAUGGGAGUCUUAACUGUUGAUUUCAAUGGGCGUAGAGGCAGGCCAAUGAUGAGUGCUUCUGAAAAUCCCAUGUAAUUGCCUGUUUCCAAGAAUGGAAGGAAUGACAUCCACAGAUGUGGCCAUUUAAUUUUGUUUCUGCAGGUUGUUUUGCACCUGUGAGUGGGCUGCUGCCUUUUGAAGAUGCCUUACCACCUGUUGUUCCCAUCCCCAAUGAGCUGUGAUUCCAUCUAUUUGCUUGGUGUGGGGACGUGCACUCCUCAUAGCACUAACUGCCAGUAGGGAACCAAUCCCAGGCAGUAAGACACUGCAGUAUAUUAAUACACAUUGCCUUUGUUCACAAAGUCAUUGCCAUGUACGCCCAAUUUGACAUUUGUUGGCCAACCCAUUGUACCUUGUACUAAGAUAGAAGCUUAACAGGUGCUUAGACUUGAAGAACUUCCGAAAAUUUCCAAGUUGUUUUAACAAUACAAGUGAACAAACCUAUUUCCUUCCUGUUUUCUUCUUCUAUGACCUGCCAAACUCUGCUACAUACAAACUACUGCUUUGGUAGUUUAGUUUUCAGUUGACUACAAUGCCCAUAUCGUGAUUGGGGGAAAAAAUCACACAGACUCCGUUAUUCUGUGGAACAUAACUGUGUCACCACACACACAAUGUAGCUUAUCAAACUUGAAGAUCCAUUGCUGCUUAGUGCAACACAAUACUGUCGAUACAUGUAGUUUAUUUUUAAUUUUUUUUAAGUCAAUGUAUGCGUAGAGGCUCUAGCAUGCCAAUUCAAAGUUUUUGUAGCCAAAAGAUGCACUGCUUGCAGGGUUGUUAGUUUCGAUGCAUGAAAAGAUAGUUGUUUUCUUUCUCUCCUAUGUAUUGUAAUUGUUCUUUUACAAUUGAGUGCCUUAAUAAUAGUUUACAAAUACUGUGUAUUUAUGCUGAGCUGGUAAACGCUGCUGUUUUGCUGUUUUGUCUUGGUGCUUUGAUGUUUCAGUGUAAGUAAGACCAUUACUAUUUGCAUGUAUGAAUCCUGUAUAACCCUCAUGGUCCCUGAUCUCAGAACUGCUAACCAGUUUUCCUUUGCUGCGUGUAUUGGUAAAACGAUGGGCUUUGUAAAUGGAUCCCACAUAGAUUCCAGCUUCUGUUGUCCUGACCCCACCGCUUAUGAUUUAUCUCUGCAUUGCUGCAGACAGUGCAGGCAAGGGAGGGCUUGACAAGACAUUCCAAAGAUGGAAGGCCAUCGUUACGCUUGGAAGAGUUACAGGCAUGAUCUAAGCCAAGGAACACUCCAACAUCAAAUCUGAAAUGCACAAACUGGCACCUUAUUUCCAGCGUAUGCUUUUUUUGUUCCAUGUUUUAGAAAUAGCACCGUUUCGGUCACCAUUUCUCAAUGUGUUCUUUAACUAAAUAAUAUUCCUUUUCAUGUCGCAGACAUUGGGCUGCUCUCCUCGCCUCAGAGUUGACCCAAGGCUCGUGGAUAGUUACCACCCUUGUUAGAUAAACUGCGGACAUGAAUAACCAGUAGCUGUUUCAGUGCAUUGCUGUACUCUUAUGAUAACAGUGUUCUUUUUAUUUCAUUGUAUUUCUUAAUUCUGGUUUUUAUAUUUAAAUAUGCAGUAUCUUUUGUACUGUACAUUUGCAGUAGGGGAUGCAUAAUGCACUUUUUUUUUACUUUUGUUGGUAAAAGUGUACUGUACAUUACAUGUGCUUCUUGUGAGGAAAAUAAACAUUUUUUUGUUUACAAGAGAGGUUUGCACCAUCUCUUGAGUAACGUC